AGUCAACAUAGCCUUUUUGACACACCCUGGCAGUAGAGCUCCGCCUGCGGAGAACACACUCAGUCAAAGUAGAUUUUCUCUCUACAUCUACGUUUCAACAGGCAUUCAUGGAGAAAAGAACUGGCAGAUGAAUGGAUGAGGAAAAUAAUCUUUAUUUGCAGUAAAGUUGAGUUUCACAUUCUCUGAUCACCGUUGCGCAGCUUCUUUUUUCCAUUUAAAGGUUCAGGUUCCUGUUUCCAGGCAUCUGGUCCAGUGUGGAUUGUCCAUGUUCAACGAAUAAGAAAGUUUCCAGUUAUAAGGUCAUGGAUAUUUUUUGGCUUGGGGAUUCAUCGGAAUCUUAAUUAGAUUAAUAAUAUUUCUCUGUGGGAUGUGUCCCUCAACUUCAGCUCUGAGCACCACAUAUUUAAAAUGGCUUCUUUCAAUGUCAGCUCUCUCUGCUGUCUGGUUGUGCCCCCAAUUACCUUAAGACUGCAUGUGUGCAACUACCUUUAAAAAAAAAAAAAGGAUUUUGUGUUUUCUUUAAUAACGUAGAAGUGUAAAGUAAGUCUUAGGUACCACUGGUGUUUUAAGUGCAGUGUGGAGGCCAAUGGCUGACAUUAUAACGGAGUAAGUGAGGGAAUGGCAGGGCAGACAGAGGUGUAGCUGUACUGUUUAUUAUGAUCCACAUUCACAGUUUUGCAGUUCUUUGAGCAAAGCAGAGCUUAAAUCUGAUCCCAGGCCACCUUGUGAAUUGAUCUUUAUUUAGCCAAUCAGAGCAUCUGCAGAUGAAUAGUGGGUGGUUACUCUGUUCCCUAGGCUUUGUCAAUAUUUACACUGUCAGGAAUUAGUGUAGAGGGCUGGAGUUGCUACACUCAGGGACUCAUGGGCUCACUCUAUUUGGUGUGUUUGCACGAUGUCACGUGACAUCAAAAACUCGUGGGAGUAAGGCUCCGCUGGAGAACCUGGAGGGAACCCACACAGGAACAUAAACAUGCAAACUCCACACAGAAACACAGAACCUCUGCUCCACUCUGCUGUCUGUGCACCAUGACUCUAGUUGUACUUUCCAGAUAGAGGCUGUUAAUCAGUUCCUUAUAGAUCAUAUUUUUUUUCUUUCAUAAUUCACCUAUUUUCGCUCUUCUGGCAAAAUGAUCUCCCUAAAACUGUUGCUCUCCAUGUAUAACUUUCCUUUCAUACACCUAACGUUGCCCUAGAUGUUUUUACUUUUAUUUAUUUACUUUUAUUUUUCUUCUUCAUACUUUUCUGGCCCAAAAUGUUUAGAGCAACAUUUCUUUGGUUGAGCAAACAGUGUGUAUAUAGGUUUAGAAAGCAGUCUGACAUUUAUUUACAUUUUUUUAAAAAGCACAUAACAGCUGUGCAGGUUUUCCACAGGUUGGUCAAUAAUUUUACAGGAGAAAUAAGUGUGGUUUCAGUUAAUGUGCAGAUGAAUGAUUUGUGUUUCCUCUCCAGAUAAAGGUAGAAAGUGUGUGAGCUGAUGGGGAUAUGAAUUGAGCAGCAUGUAUCAGUGUGAGGACAGAGAGGAGGGAGUCCCUCCCUCUAAAACCGCUCUGUGUGGGGAACAUGAGAGCCAGACCAAAGCUCAGAGCCCAGAGCAGCAGCACUCACCACGCUCUGCUGGACCUGGACCUGAAUGUGGACCUGGACCCUUUAAGAGCAACCAGUCAAUAAUUCAUCCCCUUAAAUUCAGCUCAUCUGUUGAUGGAAGCAUCCAGCAACAGAGAACAGAUUCUUCUGAACCCAGCUGUCUGUCUUUCAAGAGCAACUGGUCAAAGGACAGGCCUAUCUCUUUUAAAGGACUACACCCAUCAGCUGAACAGAUAAUGGACCAGGAGAGCUCAAAGGUUCCCAGUGGUCAGUCUGCCCAGCAGCAUCAAACACACCUGGACUCCAUAUUUAUGCUGCUGGAGGACAACAUUGUCACUUUUGUGAAGAAUGAGCUGAAAAAAAUGCACAAGGUCCUGAGUCCAGAUUACCCAGAAUGCUUAGAGAGUCAGAGAGAGGAUGAGGAGGUGUGGGAUGGUAAAGAUGAAGAGCAGAGGAGGAGCAGCAGAGAGGAGUUUAUGAAGAUCACACUGAACUUCUUGAGGAGAAUGAAACAGGAGGAGCUGGCUGACUGUCUGCAGAUCAGACAUAUUGCUGCAGUUUGUCGACGUAAACUUAAAUCUAACCUGAAGGAGAAGUUCCAGUGUGUGUUUGAGGGGAUCGCUAAAGCAGGAAACCCAACCCUUCUGAAUCAGAUCUACACAGAGCUCUACAUCACAGAGGGAGGGACUGGAGAGGUCAAUGAUGAACAUGAGGUCAGACAGAUUGAAACAGCAUCCAGGAAACCAGACAGACCAGAAAGAACAAUCAGACAAGAAGACAUCUUUAAAGCUUCACCUGGAAGAGAUGAACCAAUCAGAACAGUGAUGACAAAGGGAGUGGCUGGCAUUGGCAAAACAGUCUUAACACAGAAGUUCAUUCUGGACUGGGCUGAAGACAAAGCCAACCAAAACAUACAGUUCAUAUUUCCAUUCACUUUCAGAGAGCUGAAUGUGCUGAAAGAGAAAAAGUUCAGCUUGGUGGAACUUGUUCAUCACUUCUUUACUGAAAUCAAAGAAGCAGGAAUUUGCAGGUUUGAAGAGUUCCAUGUUGUGUUCAUCUUUGACGGUCUGGAUGAGUGUCGACUUCCUCUGGACUUCCACAACACUGAGACCCUGACUGAUGUUACAGAGUCCACCUCAGUGGCUGUGCUGCUGACAAACCUCAUCAGGGGGAAACUGCUUCCCUCUGCUCGCCUCUGGAUAACCACACGACCUGCAGCAGCCAAUCAGAUCCCUCCUGAGUGUGUUGACAUGGUGACAGAGGUCAGAGGGUUCACUGACCCACAGAAGGAGGAGUACUUCAGGAAAAGAUCCAAAGAUGAGAACCAGGCCAACAGGGUCAUCUCCCACAUCAAGACAUCGCAAAGCCUCCACAUCAUGUGUCACAUCCCAGUCUUCUGCUGGAUCACUGCUACAGUUCUGGAGGAUGUGUUGAAAACCAGAGAGGGAGGAGAGCUGCCCAAGACCCUGACUGAGUUGUACAUCCACUUCCUGGUGGUUCAGACAAAACUGAAGAACAUCAAGUAUGAUGGAGGAGCUGGAACAGAUCCACACUGGAGUCCAGAGAGCAGGAAGAUGAUUGAGUCUCUGGGAAAACUGGCUUUUGAGCAGCUGCAGAAAGGAAACCUGAUCUUCUAUGAAUCAGACCUGACAGAGUGUGGCAUCGAUAUCAGAGCAGCCUCAGUGUACUCAGGAGUGUUCACACAGAUCUUUAAAGAGGAGAGAGGACUGUACCAGGACAAGGUGUUCUGCUUCGUCCAUCUGAGUGUUCAGGAGUUUCUGGCUGCUCUUCAUGUCCAUCUGACCUUCAUCAACUCUGGAGUCAAUCUGAUGUCAGAAGAACAACCAGCAUCCCAUAAGUCUGAAACAAGAAAAGAUGAAUCUGCAGAGACAUAUCUCUACCAGACUGCUGUGGACAAAGCCUUGCAGAGUCCAAAUGGACACCUGGACCUGUUCCUUCGCUUCUUACUGGGUCUUUCACUGCAGACCAAUCAGACUCUCCUACGAGGUCUGCUGACACAGGCAAGAAGUGGCUCAUGGACCAAUCAGGAAACAGUCCAGUACAUCAAGAAGAGGAUCGAAGAGACCCCCUCUGCAGAGCAAAGCAUCAACCUGUUCCACUGUCUGAAUGAACUGAAUGAUCGUUCUCUAGUGGAGGAGAUCCAACAGUCCCUGAGAUCAGGACGUCUGUCCACAGAUAAACUGUCUCCUGCUCAGUGGUCAGCUCUGGUCUUCAUCUUACUGUCAUCAGAAAAAGAUCUGGAUGUGUUUUAUCUGAAGAAAUACUCUGCUUCAGAGGAGGCUCUUCUGAGGCUGCUGCCAGUGGUCAAAGCCUCUAAAAAAGCUCUACUGAGAAGCUGUAACCUCUCAGAGAGAAGCUGUGAAGCUCUGUCCUCAGUUCUUAGCUCCCAGUCCUCUAGUCUGAGUGAUCUGGACCUGAGUAACAACAGCCUGCAAGAUUCAGGAGUGAAGAUGUUGUCUGUUGGACUGGAGAGUCCUCACUGCACACUGGCAAUCCUCAGUUUGACAGGAUGUCUGAUCACAGAGAAAGGCUGUGCUUCUCUGGCCUCAGUUCUGAGCUCCAACUCCUCCCAUCUGAGAGAUCUGGACCUCAGUAACAACAGCCUGAAUGAUUCAGGAGUUAAGAUGUUGUCUGUUGGACUGGAGAGUCCACACUGCACACUGGAGACUCUCAGACUGAGAAGCUGUAACCUCUCAGAGAAAAGCUGUGAAGCUCUGUCCUCAGUUCUUAGCUCCCAGUCCUCUAGUCUGAGAGAUCUGGACCUGAGUAACAACAACCUGCAGGAUUCAGGAAUGAAGAUGUUGUCUGUUGGAUUGAAGAGUCCAGACUGCACACUGGAGAUUCUUAGGGUGGAGCCUGGUGGAGUCCGAUGGUUGAGACCAGGUCUGAGGAAGUAUUCUUGUGAACUCACACUUGACACAAACACAGUGAACACAAAGAUCCAACUGUCUGACAACAACAGAAAGGUGACACAUGUGGAGAAGGAUCAGUCAUAUCCCAAUCAUCCAGACAGAUUUUACCCCCGGCAUCAGCUGCUGUGUACAACUGGUCUGACUGGCCGCUGUUACUGGGAGGUCGAGUGGAGAGGAGAUGCUUUUAUAUCAGUGAGUUACAGAGGAAUCAGAAGGAAAGGAACCCAUGCAGCCUGUGUGCUUGGAUGGAACAAUCAGUCCUGGAGUCUGUACUGUUCUGAUGAUGAUGGUUACUCUGUCUGGCACAAUGAGAGAGAAAUAUCCAUCUCCUCUCCUCUCUCUCACAGAGUAGCAGUGUAUGUGGACUAUCCUGCUGGCUCUCUGUCCUUUUUCAGAGUCUCCUCUGACUCACUAAACCACCUCCACACUUUUAACGCCACAUUCACCGAACCUCUUUAUCCUGGGCUUGGGCUCUGGUCCAUUGGUUCCUCAGUGUCUCUGUGUUGAGUGUAGCAGAGAGAAUCUCAUCCUGCAUCACAGUACCAACCCAAUCUCUUGGUGGUUUUAACUGCAGAGUACACACCUCAACAACUUUCAAGAUAUUAACAACCCCACAAGAGGUCAAACACGUGGUCUCGCCACCAGUCAUUUAGAACUGAAGAACCUUUUAGAUGAGAGGUAGAAUAGCUUCAAGAACCUCAAGAAUGUCCAGCUGCCUUCAAAUAGAACUGAGUGUGCAUAUGGCAGUUAAUAAAUACAUGGAUGUAAAUGUUGUUAUGUUGUAAAUAAAUUUGUGUCAACAAUA